CCACUGCAGCAGCACAUGGACUGAGACAGCAUCCCUCUGUGUUCUGGCAUCCUGGCAUGCGCAGCUUCCGCUCUCAUCCAAUAGCAGGCUGGAGCCGCGCUGGGCUGCGGGGCGACGCGGUGCUUCUGAUCCAGGUCUGUGGGUUUGACGAAGGAUUUAACGCAUUCUUCCGGCUUGGUUUUUAACUGUCAGAUCAAGAUGGUGACCCCAGCCAUGCUUCUGUGUGUGCUCUCUUACUUCUUCUUAUUGGCCGCUGCAAUUAAACCCAGGAUAUUUGAACCCAGAAUUUUUGACAAGGAGGCCACAGGCUUUGGGCCCAUAUUUGAGGAGGAGCCCUUGGACACAGUGUAUGCGGAGGAUUCACCAGAGAACAAAAUCUCCAUGAACUGCAGGGCACGGGCCAAUCCUCCAGCCAUUAUCAAAUGGUGGUUAAACAACUGGGAAAUUAAACUGAUGGAACAGCCUGAUGAGCACUUUAGCCUGGUGGGAGGAAACCUGGUCAUCACCAACCCAGACAAGGGCAAGCAUGCUGGGAAAUAUGUGUGUGUGGCUAAGAACGUGUAUGGCACUGUCAUCAGCAAAGAGGCCACCGUCAAAUUUGGAUACCUCAACCAGUUCCCUACAGAUGAGAGAGAGCCGGUGCGUGUUAAGGAAGGACAGGGAGCGGUUCUGCUGUGUUCUCCUCCCUCUCGCUAUCCAAGUGAGGUGUUGUUCCGCUGGAUCUACAACGACUUCCCCAACUUCAUCAUCCCAGACCAGAGGCGUUUCGUGUCUCAGACCACUGGGAAUAUGUACAUCGCUAAAGUCGAGGCAUCUGAUGUUGGGAAUUAUUCUUGCUUUGUGUCAAGCCCCACCAUCGGCAAGAGUGUUUUCAGCAUGCCGAUUCCUCUGAUUCCACAAAUAGAGAAGGAGGUGAAGCGCUAUCCUGCUGAUAUCCAUGUGAAAUUCCCCAAGACUUAUGCUUUGGUGCAUCAGAACAUCACUCUGGAGUGCUUUGCCCUUGGAAAUCCGCUGCCACACAUCCGCUGGAGGAAGUUAGACGCUGAUCUCCCGCCCAACUAUGAGGUCAGCAUGAAUGGAGCUUUACUGCACCUGAUUAACGUUCAGUACGAGGAUGAAGGGAGCUACGAGUGUGAGACGCUCAACGUUAAAGGGAUGGACUGGUAUCGACAGUGGCUCUAUGUGGAAGGUGCUCCAGAGUGGGCAGAGCACAUCAAUGACACGGAGAAAGAUGUUGGAAGUGAACUCACUCUCAGAUGUGUUGCUGUGGGGAAACCUUUACCAUGGAUUCGCUGGCUGAAGGACGGCUAUUCGUACGGCAAAGGGGAGCUGAAGUUCUCCAGUCUCACGUUUGAGGAUUCGGGGAUGUAUCAGUGUAUUGCUGAGAAUGAAUGGGGCACCAUCUAUGCCAGCGCCGAGCUUCGUGUCGUCUCCUGUGCGCCAACAUUCAUUUAUAAUCCAGUGAAGAAGGUUCUGCUCGGGGCUGAAAACGGACGUGUGGUUAUAGAGUGCAAACCCCGCGCUGCUCCUAAACCCAAGUUCAUCUGGAAACGAGGCUCAGAGCUGCUGACCAACUCUUCAAGGAUGUUAAUUUGGGAUGAUGGAAGUCUGGAGAUUCUGAACUUGUCAAAAAGUGACGAGGGCUCGUACACAUGCUAUGCAGAGAAUGACCGCGGCAAAUCCAACAGCACAGGGACCCUCACUAUCACCGGUCAGACAAAAGUCAAAUUCCGUCACCGGCCUACAGUAGCUCCUUCUGACGUCAUUGGGCAAGUAGGAAUAAGCGGAGAGCUCAUCGUGACCUGGGCUCCUGUAAAGCCUCAGUUCUUCUUUGGUAAAAAAUUUGGCUACGUCGUGGCGUUUAAGCAGCAUGAGAAUUAUGAAUGGAAAUGGACAACUGUGGAGGAUCCUGAGACUAGACGCUACGUCUACAAAGAGAGCAUGACCCCAGACACUGAGAUACAGGUCAAAGUGAGCACCUACAAUAACAAAGGAGAAGGGCCCUCAAGUCUUAUAUCGGUGGUCUACUCACCAAGGCUUGCGCCGACUGAAGCUCCGUUAGACGUCUACGCCCGCCAGGUCACCUCUACAGAAGCUUUGGUCUGGUGGUUACCGGUCUACCAGGCGCCGCCAAACUGGGUCGACGGAUACCAGAUUCGUUACUGGAGGAAGUACGAUGAUAAUGAGGCUGCUGCCUCUCGAGUUAUUGUGCACAGAACAAUGAACCAAACACGCCUGGAGAACAUGCGGCCUGACUCCCACUACCUCAUAGAGGUACGAGCGUUCAACGGAGCUGGGCUCGGGCCACCCAGCGAGCAUUGUGAAAUGUUCACCAGGAGACCACCCCCAAGUCGCCUAUUGAGGGUCUACAAAUAUGUCAGCUUCAAUCGCAAAUGGCUCUAUCUGUAUUGGGAUCACAUCUAUAACUACUGGAAUGAGUCCUAUGUGGAGGGAUACAAGAUUUUGUUCCGGAAGGAAGGAGAGCGUUAUGGGAAGCUUUACACCACAGGCAGGCACUACAUCGAUUUUCCCAUGCCAGAGACGGGCGAUUACGUCAUAGAGGUGCGAGCCCGCUGUGAGGGAGGUGAUGGACCCAUAUCACAGAUCAGUGUACAAGGUAAAGCCUCUCUUGGCCCUGAGUCUCUCAGCGUUGCCGCUGUCUUGCUGCUGGCACUGGGCUGGAUGAAUUUAGGCCUGUAGGCAAAAACAAGCCUGUCAACACUUUGGCGAAAUCCACUUUUAAGAAACAAUCUUAAUAUAGUUUGAGUGCAUUUCCUUAAAGGGGUGGUGCACAUGAAGUUUGUUUGGGAGUGUAGAAUAUAAAAACAUUGUUUGUAUUUACCCUCUUGGUUUGCUUUACAAAAUAUUCACAAUCAACUAAUGAAAUGGUAUUGUAAAAUAAAUAUAUGGUAGCAGGAUAAGGUGAAUUUUUUGAUGACUUUCCAGUCAGUUAUUCAGAAAUAAGACAUAUUUAUUUAGUUAUUUAUUACAGAACAUGUUUUGCUAGUCAUUUUUUCAAUGUCAACACCUGCACUACAUUAUCGCAUAUAGACAUGUUUGAACGUCAGAGUUUGUUUAUACACUUGGUUGUCCACACAUAUUUAAUUUCCAUUUGACAAUGUUUACAAAUCUAUUUUUGUGACUGUGUUUGAUUUUAAAAUGUCUUUCUUUGUCUUUCCUUCUAUCUUAGUAUUCUUAGUAUUUUGCUACAGGUUUGCAUUGCUAUUUUCAUUUGUAUAUUAGUAAACAUUGAAAACAUCACCAAACAAAGUGCUUCUCAGUUUGUCUUCCUAUACC